UCAAAGGUUCCAAUUUUAAGAUUCCAAGAUAAAGAAACCGAUGUUUUCUUUGAUCUAUCAUUACAUAAAUCAUCGGUAGGUUUACAAAAUUCGUUAUUGCUCAAAGAAUAUGUGGACAUAGAUGAAAGAUGUAAACAAUUAAUUAUACUUGUAAAAUGGUGGGCCUCACAAAAAAAUUUAAACGAUGCAUCAAAGGAUUCAUUCUCUUCAUUUUGCUUGUCAAGUAUGGUAAUUCAUUUCCUUCAAUCUUUAUCUCCACCAGUUUUACCA